UCCAUUCGCAGGCACGUGGCGCGCGCGGGGCCUUGUGGGAUGCGUAGUUCCACCCCGUCUGCAGAGCUGAGGGAAAGAUGAGCGGGGGAAAGAAUAGUAGAGGCGUGGCUUCCGGGGAGGUUUCCGAGGCUGGCCAGGCGCGAGCGACGCUCACCGAGAAGCCGAGGCGGGGCUCGCGGACUACAUUUCCCAUCAGGCGUGCGCUUCCGCCCGGCGCCUUCGUUUCCGGCCAGGCCAGGAGGGCGGGCGGAAGCCUCGCGACGAAGCUCUCCCGCCCCUUCGCCAUGGCGUCCGGCUGCCGCGUCGGCCCGUCCAUCCUCAACAGCGACCUGGCGGCCCUGGGCGCCGAGUGCGGCCGGAUGGUGGAUUGCGGAGCCGACUACCUGCACCUGGAUGUAAUGGACGGGCAUUUUGUACCAAACAUCACUUUUGGCCACCCUGUUGUAGAGAGCCUUCGGAAGCAGCUGGGUCAGCAGCCCUUCUUCGAUAUGCAUAUGAUGGUUGCUAAGCCAGAACAGUGGGUGAAGCCUAUGGCUGUAGCAGGUGCCAAUCAAUAUACCUUUCACAUAGAAGCUACCAACAAUCCAGGGGCACUCAUUAAGGACAUAAGAGAAAAUGGGAUGAAGGUUGGUUUGGCUAUCAAGCCAGGAACUACAGUAGAAUAUUUAGCGCCAUGGGCCAAUCAGAUAGACAUGGCCUUAGUUAUGACUGUGGAACCUGGAUUUGGUGGACAGAAGUUCAUGGAAGAUAUGAUGCCAAAGGCUGGAGCAAAUAUGAUUGUGUCUGGGAGUGCUAUCAUGAAGAGUGAUGAUCCCAGAGCGGUGAUUAAUCUCCUGAGGAACGUAUGUUGUGAAGCUGCUCAAAAGCGUUCCCUUGACCGAUGAAAUCAGGUUGCGACUUGGGAGGGCUGCUUUCUUGUAUAUGUGUAGGUGGGAUGUUGUGGAAUUAUGGUGCUGCUAAAGGAAAACUGCAGGUUUUCCUGUGCUGCAGAGAAUAUCAUCUUGGCAGCUUGGAAGUAUAUUGGUCCAGUGCUAUCCUUUUAUUUCAGAAAACUUUGUAUUAUGCAUUACAAAAUCAGGGUGCCUCUUGCUUGAAGAUUGUAUGUGUCAGCUUGCAAUCUAAGACAGAUGUAUUUUGUUCUACAUUCAACACAGAUUUGUUCAUUCCUUAACAACUUAAAUGUUUUGAAAAUAAACACUGAUAAACAAGAGUAA